AUGGCUAAACAAGUUGAAAAAGAAAAAGAAAAAGAUUCUGAUAUGAAUGUAUUGCAAGAGUUGGGAUAUACUCAAGAACUUUAUCGUGGUUUUUCUCCAUUUAUGUCUUUUGCAUUUUGUUUUACAACUGUUAAUGUUUUAACAUCAAUUUCAAUUGGGUUUACUCAUGCAUUAAAUACUGGUGGAUCAGGUAUUAUUAUUUGGUCUUGGAUUCUUGGAUCAAUUUUUACAAUUCUUACUGGUCUUUCAUUAGCUGAAAUUUGUUCUGUUUAUCCAAGUGCUGGUUCAGUUUAUUAUUGGGCUGGUCAACUUGUAUCUCCUCGUCAUGGUCCAUUAGCUUCAUUUAUUUGUGGUUGGUUUAAUUUUGUUGGUAAUGUUGCUGGUGAUGCAGCAUUUUCAUCAGGUUUUGCAACAAUAAUCAAUGCUGCAUUUCUCGUAGAUGGUAAACCAUCAUUAAGUGUUGGUGUUCAAGUAGCGAUAAGUGUUGGAAUAACAUUUAUAUGGGCUAUUCAAAAUGCACUUCGAAUUGAUCAACAAGGAUGGUUGAAUAAUUUAGCUACAUUUGUACAAAUUGGUUCAACAAUAAGUAUUGUUUUUGUUCUUUUUAUAAUGACUCCACAACGAGCAACAAUAUCUGAUGUAUUUACAUUGACUUAUAAUGGUACUGGUUUUCCAUUUGUUUAUGUAUGUUUUAUUGGUAUUCUUUCAACACUUUUUUCAUUUUCUGGAUAUGAAGCUGGUGCACAUUUAGCAGAAGAAACUCAAAGUGCUGGCAAAGCAGCUCCUCAUGGUAUUGUUGGUACAUGUAUUUGUAGUGCUAUUGUAGGUUUGAUUUAUUUACUUGCUUUACUUUUUGCUAUUCCAAAUGUAUCAACAUUUAUGGAAACAAAUAAUAAUGAAACAAUAAAUUUAUGUAUAGCUAUUUAUAAAUUAGCAGUACCACAUCGAGGUGCAUUAGCACUUACUAUUUUACUUAUUAUAAAUCUUCAUUUUGGAGGAAUGUCUGGGAUGACAGUUACAAGUCGAAUUGGAUUUGCAAUGGCUCGUGAUGGUGUAUUUCCUUGUUCUCGUUAUCUUCGAUGGGUAUUUAAACCAACAAAAACUCCAUUAGGAAAUGUUUUAUUUGUAUUUAUAAUUGAUUCAAUACUUCUUUUACUUCAAUUAAUUUCCACAACAGCAUUUGCUGCAAUUAUUGCAAUUGCAACAUUUGGUUAUCAAGUCUCUUAUUUAAUCCCAAUAUUUCUUCGAUGUACAAUUGCUCGAAAUAAAUUUCCUCAUGGAGAAUUUAAUUUAGGUCGAUUUGGUAUUCCAAUUGCUAUUUUAUCAUCAAUUUGGCUUUCAAUAACUUCAAUAAUUAUGCUUUUUCCUUCGAAUUAUCCAAUAACAAAAGAUAAUAUGAAUUAUGCUAUUGUAGUUAUUGUUGGUGUAGCUAUCAUAGCUUCAUUUUAUUGGUUUAUUUCUGCUCGACAUUCAUUUGUUGGACCUAAACGAACUGAUAUUGAUCCAAUACCAUUACCAGCAGGACAUAUUACAGCGGAAGAUGUUCGAAAAGAAUCAAUAUUAUUAACUCCACCUUCACCUGAAAUCAAUCAAUCUCGAAUGUAA